ACUACUGCACUCCACGCAGGCGGCGGGAAAACUGACUAGCGGGGUUUCGAACAGCACCUAGAGAUAGGAAUAGGAAGGUACCAGCGCCCCCUUGGGGCGGAUAGGGGAGCGAGAACAGCUUUGCUGCACCUGACUGAGGGUUAAAAAGCAAGAUUAACCCAAUUAAGUUUCUCCCCUUUCCCUCAAACCGUGACCAAGUAUAACCAAACUAUGCCCUUUACAUUAUGAACCCUUGACUGCAGUGUUUUUCAACCACUGUGCCGUGGCAGAGAAGUGUGCCCUGAGCAGUCUCCAGGUGUGCCGCCAUAGAAGCAGAGUCAAGCCCGUCAGUGUGCUGCCGCUACUGAGGCCCUGAAACGAUCAAUACUGAUUCAUUGAGUGACACAAAUGCAGAAAGAUAGAUUGAGCCAACGCGUUUCGUCCCUUAAUGGGACUUCUUCAGGGGCACAGAAAUCGGAUGCUCAGACAAUGUGGUGGGAAUAACUUGAUAAACCGUCUACACCUCUAAUUGCACCAGUUGAAUCUAUACUUUACUACUAUGGAAUUUCUGGGAGUUUUGGAACCAGAAGAUGCACCUAAGGAAUUGAUGUGGUAUGCUUUUGUUCCUGGUGGAAACCCCCCAAGCCCACGAGUUGGACAUACAUGCAUCUUUGUGCCUGCCUCUGUGGAUGAUGGUGGGAAGGGGAAAGUGGUGGUUGUUGGUGGGGCAGAUCCUGGAUGUUGCUUUUCUGAUGUACACAUCAUAAAUCUCGACAAAUACGAGUGGGACAAUCCUUGUUGGGAGGGUCUUUUACCACGUUAUGAACAUGCAAGCUUUACAUCUAUUAGUAACCCAGGGAGCAUCUGGGUAUUUGGAGGAGCUGAACAGGCAGAGAAUAGAAACAGUGUUCAAUUAUUAAACCCAGGGAGGAGUUCUUGGAAAAGCCCCAAAGUAGAGGGAUCUUCCCCAACACCUCGGACAUAUCACACGUCGUCUGCUGCCAUCGGAGACAAGUUCUAUGUUUUUGGAGGAGGGGAGAGAGGUGCAGAGCCAGUUGAUGACAACAAACUUCAUGUAUUUGAUAUAACCAACCUGACAUGGACAGAGCCGGAAACAGCUGGUGACCCCCCAAGACCCCGGCAUGGACACGUUCUGGCAGCUUUAGGAUCCAAGCUGUUCAUUCACGGUGGGAUGGCAGGCAGCACCUUCUUUAGUGACAUGUCCUGCAUUGACACAGGCACUAUGAAGUGGGAGAAGCUAAAGGUGAAGGGGGACCGUCCUCCUGCCUGUGCAGCCCACUCUGCACUUUCCUGGGAAAAGUCCAUUUAUAUCUAUGGUGGAAUGACUGAAACUGGGGCUAUAGGCAGUAUGCACAGAUAUGAUACAGAAAAGAAUGUAUGGACACAGCUGAAGUUUGAUUCCCCCAGUCCUGCUCCACGGUUAGAUCACUCCAUGUGUUUUCUUCCAUGGAAAAUAAGGACAGACAUCUCUAACUCUGAAAAGGUCCAAGGUGACGUGAAUGAAAAAGGAGACAGUAAUGACCUUUCUGUUGUCGAUCAGGUCUUAGACCACACCAGGCAUGUGCCCCUCUGCCUCAUUUUUGGUGGCAUGGACACCAAUGGAGAACUUUACAAUGACUGCUAUGUAACUGCACUUCAAAAAUAGCUUUUAUGUACAGCCAAAUUAUGUUCUUUCAGAUGCUGGAAAUAUGCUCUUGCAGUCUCGCAGUCGGUGUUAAAGACUAAAUCAACUGCAUAUACAUUUGUCCUCUACAGCAUUACAGCUUUUCACACCUUUGUAAACUACUGAUGGUUUUUGGAUAAUUUUUUUUUUUGUAUUUGAACAUUUUCAUGUAUUUUUCCAUACAUCUUCUAUUUCUAUAUUACUAGGUAUUAAAACAUAAGUGUUAAUCUUGAUUCUGCACCCUGAUUCAAAAAGAUCAAUGAGUGAUAUUUAUGGGAAGUAGUGUAAAAUGUGAGGUAAAUUUUAACGGGUACAGGUCAUUGGGUCGACUCAACUUAGGUCGACAGUCAUUAGGUCAACCACUGAAGGUCGACAUGUGCAUUAGGUCGACAUGAGUUUUUGGACUUUUUUUGGUGUCGUUUUCUUUGUAAAGUGAUGGGGAACCCCAAUUAGUGUGCUGUGUCCCCUCGCAUGGCUCGCUUCACUUGCCAUGCUUCAGACAAGGUGCCUCGCUUUGCUCGGCACAGUUUACUGUUCCAAUUGUAGUCCACGUGGAUCGUCAAGUAUAGAAAAAUCCGAAAAAUGUGAAAAACUCAUGUUGACCUAUUGGCCAUGUCAACCUAAUGCAUGUCGACCUUCAGUGGUGGACCUAAUGACUGUUGACCUAACGACCGUAUCCCGUUUUAACAGGCUCCUCACGUGCUGACUUUUACUCUGUUACAUACAUAUCAAUUUUGAAUAUGCAGAAAACAUCUUGUUCACAUUUCUGGUUAGGUUUCGGCAGGAUUUGCUUUGUGCCCAAAGUUGAUGCGGUUGGUGAUUCCUUCACUGAUGGAACAUUCAGUAUCUAUCAUUUAAGCAAAUUAUUUUUUCAUUUUUUUUUUGCACAAUAAAGUCAUGUCUGCUG